UCUCGUCCCAGUCUCGAAUCUUCUAUUCCAAUCUCGAGCUGUUCAACCUGAGCAAGCUCGAAGCGUCAGUUGUGGGCAGCCUGAAGGAGGUUGAGCUUGAGCAGGUCAGAAACAGAAUCAAGACGAGGAAAGAAGUGCAUCAGAACGUUAUGGAGACGGCGAGCGAGUACAGAAGUUCUUACCUUGAAAAAUGCAAGCAUGACCGCAAGGUGCAACGAGAACGCGCAGAGGUCAUCAAGAGCAUCAACAGCCAACCCCCAACUAUUCCUGCAGCUUUAAAGUCAAGGAGCCGGAUCAGCAGAAACCUGUCACUGAACUUGACGAACGCGAUACGAGCCAUCGGUCAGUUGCCAGCCAUCAACACAACAGAGAGUGUGCAGGAGGGAGAGAGGUCUCCGUCAAGACGGUCGACGGAGCUCCAGAAGGAGAAGAGCCGUCAACGAGUAGAUAUCUUGCUGCAGAGGAGGAGGAGAAGCGUUGAGAGGCAGAAAGAGGCAUUUGAGACCCUGAAGCAUUCAAGAGAGCUGGUGAGAAAGAAGAUGGACCAGUCGGCAAAGAAGACGGAGAGACCGAGUUCAACCGACGUCAUAAAGUACAUGGACUACCCGUGGGAUCUAACGAGCAUGUCAUCACAAAACGUUCAACAGUUUCAUUCUGCAGGAAUCAGCAGAAAUCCGAGCCCUUGGCAGUCUGAUAUGUACUUUAUUGAUCAAUAAAGCACUUGAUGAAGUC